AUUUUGAUAUAAAAGCUCUUAGCACAAACGCUUAGAUAUCAUUCAUCAGUUGACCAAUUCAGAGCAAAAACAAAAUGUUCUCUAAAGUAGUAGUUCUGUGCGCCUUGGUGGCAGUGUCGCAGGCGGGAGUCCUAGUUGCGCCCGCGCACUACUCCUCCGCCGCGUCAGUGUCGUCCCAGAGCAUCGUCCGCCACGAUGAGCUCGCGCCUGCCGCCUACCACGCUGCUCCCGCAUCCGUCGCCUACCACGCUGCCCCCGCAGCGGUCGCCUACCACGCCGCCCCCGCAGCCGUCGCUUACCACGCCGCUCCCGCACGUCUUGCCUACCACGCUCCCGCCGCUGCCGUGCUCGCGCACCGCGAGGACCAGGAAUUCGCUCACCCCAAAUACGAGUACAACUACUCCGUUGCUGACAGCCAAUCUGGAGACAACAAGUCCCAACAGGAGUCCCGCGACGGUGAUGUCGUGAAGGGAUCUUACUCGUUCCACGAGGCUGACGGCUCCAUCAGGACCGUGGAGUACUCCGCUGACGACCACAACGGUUUCAACGCGGUGGUGCACAACUCUGCCCCCACCGCCGCCCCCGCUCACGUCAUCAAGGCUGUUCCCGUCGCCCACUACUACGUAGUAGUACUGUGUGCUCUAGUGGCAGUAUUGCUGGCGGCUCCCUAUGAACAUCAUCCUAAAUACGAGUUCCACUACUCCGUCGUUGAUGCUCACACCGGGGACAACAAGUCCCAGCAGGAGUCCCGCGACGGUGAUGUCGUGAAGGGCUCUUACUCGUUCCACGAGGCUGACGGCUCCAUCAGGACCGUGGAGUACUCCGCUGACGACCACAACGGUUUCAACGCCGUGGUGCACAACUCCGCCCCCACCGUCGCCCCCGCCCACGUCAUCAAGGCUAAAGUAGGCACAUGUCUUAACGAGCAUCAUUCAGUACCUGAUCACUUCAGCAAAAUGUACUCCAAAAUUGUAGUUCUGUGCGCGUUGGUGGCGGUGUCCCAGGCCGGUCUGUUGGCCGCGCCCGUGCACUACUCCCCCGCCGAGUCCGUCUCAUCCCAAAGCAUCGUCCGCCACGACCAGCCCCAGGCUGCCAAGCUCGUAGCCUCCGUCGCUGCCCCCGUGGCCUACCACGCCGCUCCCGCUGCGGUCGCCUACCACGCCGCCCCCGUCGCCUACCACGCUGCCCCCGUCGCCGUCCAUGCUGCCCCUGCUGCUCGUUACUCAUCCGCUGCCUCAGUCUCCUCCCAAAGCAUCGUCCGUCACGAUGAGCCCCAGGCUAUCCAGUACGCCGCCCCCGUUGCCAAGCUGGCCGUAGCUGCCCCCGUCGCAUACCACGCUGCUCCUGCCGCUGUAGCCUACCACGCUGCUCCCGCCGCCGUCUCCUACCACGCUGCCGCUCCCGUAGCCUACCGUGCUGCUGCUCCCGUAGCCUACCAUGCCCCCAUCGCUAAAGUCGUCGCUCACCAGGAGGAGCUCGCCUACCCUAAAUACGAGUACAACUACUCCGUUGCUGAUGGUCACACCGGCGACAACAAGUCCCAGCAGGAGUCCCGCGACGGUGAUGUCGUGAAGGGAUCUUACUCUUUCCACGAGGCUGACGGCUCCAUCAGGACCGUGGAGUACUCCGCUGAUGCCCACAACGGAUUUAACGCCGUGGUGCACAACUCUGCCCCCACCGCCGCUCCCGCCCACGUCAUCAAGGCCGUGCCCGUCCCUCACUACUACCACCAUUAA